AUGGAACCAACAACAGAAGAAUGUUGGUGCUUUUUCUUCCGGUGCAGAGAGGGACGACGUUCUUCCUGCCGAGUGAGAAGGCCUACAAGAGGCGACAAACGUUCUUGCCGAGUGAGGAGACGAACAUUUUUGCUGAGCAAGAGGCUUAGGGAGGAGACAAAUGUUCUUGUCGAGCGAGCACACAAGCGAGAGGUCUACAAGAGCGUGAUCAGAGGGACGACAUUCGUCCGUUUUCUUCGUAGGUUCUUGUCGAGUGAGUGGAUAAUUUUCCCUUACCGGAAACGGAAACAAAUGGCGACCCUUACCCCAGGCAUCCUCCUCAAGCUCCUCCAGUCGAUGAACACCCCCGCCAAGGUCACCGGCGACCACCGCAGCCCCCUCCUCCAGGUCAUCGGCAUCGUCCCCGCCCUCUCCACCGCCGACUCCCUCUGGCCCCAACGCGGCUUCUACGUCCAGCUGUCCGACUCCCUCAACUCCACCUACGUCUCCCUCUCCGACCGCGACACCGACCUCAUCCUCGCCAAUCGCCUCCACCUUGGCCAGUUCGUCCACCUCGACUGCUUCCUAUUCGACUUACCACCCUUCCCCACCCCCGUCAACCUCCGCCCCGUCGCCGGCCGCCACCCCUUCAUCGGCUCUCCCGAGCUCCUAAUCGCUCGGAUCUCCCUGUCCAAGUCCGGAUUCGUGAUUCAGCCCGUCUCUGACUCCGACACUAACCCAAUCGCCGCCUACCUCUCCCAGGCUGGGAAAAAAGAGGAAAAAAUCCCCGAAUCUAAAACAAGCAAGGAGAAUGUCAACGUUAAUGUUUCCUCGAAUUCUGGCCACGAUCAGGUUAGUAACCCUAAAUCCGAGUCGGGUAAGGUUUCACAAAAGUUUUCCUCGCCCGGAGCAGUCAAGCAGAGACCGGCAUCCACCGGCAGGAAAGCCGCGGCUGCCGAGAGGAAUCCUUCUCCGGCUGCCAAGCCUGGGAAGAGGUCUGCCUCACCCGUUCCUUCAAAGUGCGGGGUGCCCAGCCUUACUGCAGCUAAGGAUGAUAAUAGAAGAAGGUCGAGGGAGGCGAUAGUCGUGCCGUCUAGAUACCGGCAGCCAUCACCGACGGCUGUGAGGCGGCAGGCAAGCCCCAUCGUGGCAAGGAGGAUGUCAAUGUCCCCUAGCCGGAGGUUAUCGGGUGGGUUCAGGGCAAUUGACUCGUCGGGGAAGAAGAAGAUGGCUAACAUUUUGUCUGGGAUUCCAAAGAUAUCUGACGCCCUCGUGGGGUCCAGCAAAUCGAGUAGGAAGAGCUGGGAUGAUGGGCUGAAUUCAAGUGGCGGAAGCUCUUUCAAGAAUAAGGAGAAGGCGGGAGCUAAGAACAGGGUUGAUUUGCAGGCUAUUUUGAGGACUCAGGCGGCUAUUUCCAGGCGUCUAAGUGAUGUGCAUGAUAAUCCGCCAAGUGAUGUUAAAUCUGAAAGCUCUAUGGAGCAGGAGAAAACUAAUGGUAUGGCUCCAGUGAUCACCGUCCAUGAAAAGAAAUGGACAGAUGGCAGUGUGUCACUGGAUAUGGUCUCUUCAGGUCUUGCAAAACUUGGCAAGGAUGCCAUGCAAAGGAGAAGAAUUGCAUCAGCUGUUGCUGCUGAAGCUUUGGAGGAGGCCAUUGCCACAGAAUCAAUUGUUAGAAAUCUAAGCAUGUUCUCAGAGCUCGUUGCAACCUCGAAGCCCGAAAACCCGCUACCGACUAUUGACCGCUUCAUGUCCAUCUACGAGGAUGUCCUGAAAUCGACCGUAUUCGCCGAAUCAAUUUCCAGCAGCCUUAAACCAUCAUCAUCAAUCACCGACAAUAAUCACCUAACCGAACAACUAAAAUCGAGCAGCAACAGCAGCACACUCUGGGUGGAAGCUGCUCUGGCUACUAAUCUCGAGGUAGUCUCUCUCCUCACCAAUGAAAACUUCCAGACUCCUUCCAAGACCGACAAAAAACGAACGUCCGCCAAAACUACUCCUUUCAAAACUAACGACACAAAAGUCCCCUCAUCGUUAGUCGGGGCAUGGAGCCCGGGCAUCGGAAUGGAUGAGACUGUCGAGCUCGGUAUGAAUUUUCAUAAGGAGAUGAGUAUGUGGUUCGUAAGGUUCGUGGAAUCAUCGCUCGGUGCCGGUUUUCAAGUGUUGGGGAGUAGUGGUGUGGACAGUGUGUCCAUAGCAGCGAUUUUAUCACAGAUGAAGCGGGUCAAUAACUGGUUGGACUGUGUGGCAUCGAAACAAGACGAGUUGCUCGUGGAGAAAGUCGAGCAGUUGAAGAAGAAGAUAUAUGGUUUUGUGAUUCAACAUGUUGGGAGUGUAUGA